AUGAAUGGUUUAGAAGAUGAAAAAUUUCUUUAUAAAUUAAGAUUUCAAAAAUUCUCAGAGUCUCACACUCUUUACGUUUUAUUUCUAUCCUUAAUAGCAAUUUUACAAUUUAUUUCAAUUGCAUUUUUCUGUAAAGGUUUCCUUUUAACAAGGAAUGUUCUAGAUAACGUCAAUAAUUUAAACCCUUCAGACUUGAACCAAGAUUAUACCAAAAAAUUCGAUAAAGCUGUAAUAUUAAUAAUUGAUGCAUUAAGAUUCGAUUUCGUUAUCCCUGUAAACUCAACAGAUCCACUUCAUAAUCAAAAUUAUCAUAAUAAUAUAAUCACUUUAUAUGACCAAUUCAUUUCACAAAAUAAUAAUAAAGACCAUAGUUCAAUUUUGCUGAAAUUUAUUGCAGACCCACCAACUACAACGUUACAAAGACUGAAAGGUUUAACUACAGGUUCACUACCAACUUUCAUUGAUGCUGGUACAAAUUUUGACGGUAGUGUCAUCGAAGAAGAUAAUUUAAUUAAACAAUUGUACUUGAAAAAUGAAGAAAUUUAUUUUGUGGGUGAUGACACUUGGGACUCUCUUUUCAACCCUUUCUUAUCAAAUCAUAGUAAACCUUUCGAAUCGUUAAACGUUUGGGAUCUGGAUACUGUUGAUAAUGGUGUAAUCUCUUAUUUUAACGAUCAUCUAAUUAACCAAAAGACAAAUGAUAAAAAAUGGGAUAUACUUAUUGGACAUAUGCUAGGUGUUGACCAUGUUGGUCAUAAAUAUGGUCCAAAUCAUUUUACUAUGCGUGAGAAACAAUUACAAGUAAAUAAUUUCAUCAAUGACAUAAUCGAAUCAAUUGAUGAUGACACUUUAUUGGUGAUUAUGGGUGAUCAUGGUAUGGAUCACACUGGUAAUCACGGUGGUGAUUCAAAAGAUGAAUUAGAAAGUACUCUGUUUAUGUAUUCUAAAAAGACAGACGUUUGGGAAUUGGGAGAUCCAAAUAAUUAUAAUAUAGAAAAUUCGGGUGACAACUACAGAUCUGUAAAUCAAAUCGAUUUAGUGCCUACUUUAUCAUUAUUAUUAGAUGUACCAAUUCCAUUUAACAACUUAGGCUGGCCAAUCAAUGAAAUUUCAAAAAAUCAGAAUGAAAGGAAUAUUUUUGAGCAACUAACAUUAAAACAAUUGAAAAAUUAUCAGGAAGUUAGUGGAUUAGUUGUUAAUAAUACUGAAAAAUAUUUUCACUUAGAACAAUUAUACCAAGAUUCUUUAAUCGAUUCUAGCAAAGCAACAAUUUUCCAAAACGAUUUAUUAGAAUUAUGUAAGGAUCUGUGGGCUAGGUUUGAUUAUAUAAGUAUCACGACUGGUAUUAUAUUUUUAACAUUUUCUUUGAUUAUUCUAAUCUUAACUACAAAAUUAAUCCCUUCAAUUGUGGUUAGCCAAUUAGUCCCAUCCUUUGUACCAUUAAUCUUCAUUAUGAUAUUGGUAUCAAACUUAUGUAUACAUAGUUUGAAUUAUGUCUUUCAAUAUUCAUUUUUCUAUGAUGAUUUCUGGUGGUCUUUAUUUGCAACAGCACUAGGUAUCGUAAUUGGUUGUUUUGUUCCAAUUUUGGAUAGAUACACAAUCAAAUGGUUAAUUUUCAGAUUUUUCGGAGAAUUAUCAGAUUAUUGGUCCAGGGUAGGUGCAUUCUUCUUAAUAUUGCAUGCUUUAUUGUUUACAUCAAAUUCGUUCACAAUUUGGGAAGAUAAAAUUGUUGGCUAUUUUGUGAUCUCAAUUGCAAUUUUGACAUUAUACGAAUUUACAUUUGUGCCAAAAAGACAAUCUACCAGUGCAUUAUUAACUGGUGUCGUAAAUGAAGAUGAAUCCGAGGAAGAUGCUAAUAACAUCCAACUAAUUAAGGAAUCAGAUUCACUACCAUUAUCCAAAGGAUCCCGUCUACUAGGUGUUUAUUAUUCUAUUGUUUUGAUUGUUUGUACAAGAUUGGCGUCUACCAUAACAAUCUGUAGAGAAGAGCAAGGUGAUUAUUGUAUUCCAACAUUUACAACAAAAAACAACUAUUCGCAACUUACUCUAUGUGUUUCACUGGUUCUAAUGUUAUUAACACCUUCCUCAAUUAAAGGUUACUACAAACUAACUUCGUCUUUCCAAGGUGCAGCACCGAUCUGGAUCAGCUAUUUCUUAAGAUUCUUCUUAUUGAUGAAUGCAGGAUACUGGGGGUUAACUACUAUAGAAAAUAUGCUUGAAAAUCCCGAGUUGGAUUUAUUAUUUGUGAAAUUGACACUUGCCAGGACGUUGUUGGGUUUUUCAUUAAUUGCAUUAAAUGUAGGUUGGUUUAUGGGCCCACUUUGUAUCGAUGUUCAAAUUGAUCAAAAAAUUGAUUCCUCUGAAAACCAAGCAACUAUAAUGGGUUAUAAUAACAUAUAUGGUUCUCAGUAUUUUUUGUUUAUUUUGAAUUUAUUCAUGUGUAUCAUGAUCUUUAACAAACCAAUGGCACAAAUAUCUCUAUAUUUGAUGUUAAAUCAAAUACUAGCGGUAAUUGAAAUUAUCGACCUAUUCAAAUUAAAAGAAAAUAUAAUUGGCCCAUUCACGUUAAGUUUGAUUUCGUACCAACAAUUUUUCAGUACUGGCCAUGAAGCCACAAUUCCAUCAGUUCAGUGGGAUGUUGGUUUUAUAAUAACAGAUAGGAUCACAUUCCCAUUUACACAUAUAGGUAUCUUUUUAAAUACCUUUGGACCACAUAUAUUAGUUUCGUUAUCGGUGGGAUUACUAACACUAUGGAGACAAUCACCUGCAAUUUUAAAACCGCAAACUCUACUUGGAAGAAUUGUCUCAAAUGGCGGCUGUUUACUAAUUUACAAUACCGUGUUAUGUUUAAGCUCUUUUGUGUGGGUUACACAUUUCCGUAGACAUCUAAUGGUAUGGAAGAUUUUUUGUCCAAGAUUUCUAUUUGCCUGUUUAAGUCUAAUAUCUACUCAAUUAUUUGUGACACUAAUCACAAUUGCAUUUGCAAGUGGAACUCUAAUACGACAAAUCAACAAGUUGUUUUGGGCUUAA